CCUAAUUUCACCGAAAUUACCAAAAUGAAGGGAAGAAGGUAUAUGGCUCCAAAAUUCGGCUUCACUUUGUAGACGACGACAUUGUUAAGAGGACAGUGAGAAAGAUUUAGAGGUCUGAUCGGAAUUGUUGCAGAGCCCUCUGCACUGGGCAACAUGAUGAUCUUAAAGUUGGCAUUGGCAGUUGUCUUAGCCUCCGGACUGGCUGCCAUUCUCAUCUACCUCACCGGCCUAUCCAAUUUCAAUUCUGCAUUCCAUCUUUCUCGCGCCGAUUUGGAAGCGUUACAGUCUCUGCAGAGUGGGUUCCAGAAGUGUGUGAAUGUAAAUGGAUUAGGUUUACAAGCUGUAGUCGGAAGUGAUUAUUGUGAGGUUUUGCUAAGGUUUCCUAGUGAAACUGUCCCAAUGUGGAAAGAUCCAAAAACAGGAGAGCUUGAGGGACUGUCAUAUCCAAUUAACUUAUGUGAAGCUGUAGCUACAUGGGAACAGGUGAGAAAUAGUACUACAGUACUGACAAGAGAGUACAUCGAUAAUCUGCCAAAUGGAUGGGAGGAUUAUGCCUGGAGAAGGAUUAACAAGGGCAUACAGCUUAACCGAUGCGAGAAUAAAACUCUAUGCGUGGAGAAACUGUCUCUAGUACUCCCUGAUAGACCACCCUUCUUUCCAAGGCAAUAUGACCGAUGUGCUGUAAUUGGUAACUCAGGUGACCUUCUCAAAACAAAGUUUGGAAAGGAAAUAGAUAGCUAUGAUGCUGUCUUCAGGGAGAAUGGGGCUCCAAUUCAGAACUACACUGAAUAUGUGGGCUCAAAAAGUACAUUCCGACUUCUCAAUAGGGGUUCUGCUAAAGCUCUUGAUAAAGUAGCUGAGUUGUACGAUGCUGGUAAGGAGGCCUUGAUCAUAAAAACAACAGUACAUGAUAUCAUGAACCAAAUGAUUCGAGUAUGUAACAUGGAAGUUCCCAUUGUCAACCCUGUAUACCUUAUGCUGGGUGCAUCCUUUGGCUCAGCAGCAAAAGGAACUGGAUUAAAGGCCCUUGAAUUUGCACUUUCCAUUUGUGAAUCAGUGGACAUGUAUGGUUUCACUGUUGAUCCUGGAUAUAAAGAAUGGACGAGAUAUUUCUCAGAGUCACGGCAGGGUCAUACCCCACUGCAGGGUAGAGCUUACUAUCAAAUGAUGGAAUGCUUAGGGCUUAUUAAAAUACAUUCUCCCAUGCGAGUGGAUCCAAACCGUGUAGUGGAGUGGUUACCCAGCCGCAGCUUGAUAAGGGCUGCCAGAGUGGCAUCGGAGAAAUUAUUAAGGAGGGUUAGUGGUGGAUCUUUGGAUCCAUUGGCUGCAUGUUCGAUCAUCGCAAAGCAAAUGAAAGGAAAGGUUAGAGAAAUGUCAAGGCUGGUGAGACAAUCUGCUAUAGAGCACCAAAAAUACGUAAAAGGCACCAUCUUCUACCCCUUGGAGCAUAAUCCGGGGCACGGUCAACUCUGUGCAGUCCCAUCAAGGUGAUCCAUUAUAUUUUGCUUAAUCUGAUUUCCAGGUAAUACACACUGCUUGCUAUGCAGCCUCAAGUGAUUGUUGGUGAAUGGGAAGUCUAGUAGUAUACAUCUUCAUACGCAUUAUUCGAAUUGCGAGAUUUGUAUACUCACAAGUCACACCAUCCAGCUUGCAAGUAAACCUUUUCGUUGCAGAAGUGUCAAAUAUCAGUCCAAACAAUUUUGCAUAAUUUGAGAGUUCUCUGGAAGAAAAGUUAAAGUGGGUUUUCAAUUUGGUAUAACUUUUAAGGUGCUACUGUAUAUCAGUUGUUCUUGAAAAGGAUACACAUACUGUAUUUUUUGAUGGGAGAUUUAUGUGACUGUCAUUUAUCCUGAAUGGGAAAAUGCAAUUUGAAAAGAUUAAUCAAAUCUAUGUAAUACGCCGUAACAUGUAUGAAAUUGCUAAGAGACAAGACAUGGGUAUUGUUUUUACU